AUGGGCUCCGCCACCGCCGCCUCGGCGCCCUCCGCAGCGCCGGUCCUCCGCAUCCGGCUGCCGCCGGCGUGGACGCCCGAGGAGGACGCGCGCCUGGAGCGCCUCGCCAGGGAGCGCGGCUUCCUCCACUGGCGCCGCGCAUGGUCUCGGGGCGAUCGUCAAGGGAGUGCCCGCGACGUGUACCACCGGCCCUUCACCGCCCGCGACGACGACGACCUCGCGCGCUUCCACGUCCGCCACGGCGGGCGCUGGAGGGAGAUGAGCCGGGCCGUCCACGGGCACCUCCCGCGUCAUGAGGCGCCGCUGGAGGGAGGUCCGCGACAGCGACGCGUUCCUGAGCAAGCUGUGGAGGCCGCGCUCGCCUUUCAGUGCUCCGGCUCAUCAGGAUGCCACCGGGACGGAGGCGUCGUCGCAGCAGCAGCCACUCCUAGCUUCUUUCCGCAACCUUUUGAUUCCAUUCCAUUAGCUGGCACUAGUAUCAGCUAG